CUUCGGGUUUAUACCAGGUUCUUCAGGCAGCUUUCUUGAAACAGCACCAACCACAACAACAACAGCCGGAUGGUUGGCACCGAAGAAAUUAAACGGCUAAAUCACUCUCCAUGCUUGAGCUCGAGAAAAUUAUGUGUAUGUAUAUCCAAGCUACUUCUUUAACUCUUCGGCGCGCGCGCUCGAAAUCCCGGCAUCUGUCUCUCCCGUGGCCCUCGGAAAGACGGACUCUUUGUGAGAGGUGAUAUCCAACCAGCCAGCUUCUUCUUUAGCAAGUCAGUCGGAAGGCGCAAACCAAAGCGAACGGACGCAAAUCCGGAAUCCCCAACCAGGAGAAGACCACUGGGUCAAAAUCAGUAUUGCACCAGAAUUCGUGGUGUUUCGGAGUUGAGAUUUGGGUGAAGGAAUAACAAUUAACGUGCACUUAGUGAAACGUUCUAUGAUUGUGCGGAACAGUGAUCAGUUGAAUUAAGCCGGAAGUAGCCUAGAUGUUGUACAAUUAGAGGGGAAGAACGUAAGGCUUGUGAAAGACGGGUGCCCCCCAGGGCAAGUCCAGAAAUCGAAAAUCACAGUGAAGAAAGUUGCAAUUACCCCUAUUGGAAAGUGAAAAUUAUACGUUCUUACGGUACUCCCAAGUGUGCGGUUGGCCAAAGGCUAAUGACUCUUCGCUGAUCCAGUCCGGUUCGGUUUGGUCCGGGAACGGAGAAGGCAAUUUUUCUCGUUGCAUUGGUUUUGGGUCUGGGAAGGAGACCGGGGAAAGCAGUAGGCGUUGAAGUGGUGAAGAACGGUCCUCGAUCUCAGCAAGCUCCUGCUGGUGCAAAACAACCAUCAUCGGCGAAAGGGGGAGUGGAGGAGUGCUUGAAGCACUGAACGGCGAGCGCAACGAACAGUUUAGCGGGGUGAACUCCAAGCUGGACUAGGGAAGAAGAGAGGUGCGCUCGAGCGCAUUCCAAGGCGCACAUAUUCCAGAAACAGGCGCGGAGAGAGCGAGAAACCCAAGUGGACGGUGAAGUGAAGGAGAAAAUAACGCGAUGAAGCACAAAUCCAUAUUGCUGCUGUGCCUGCUGGUGGGCCCCGCACUGGCCAGGCCGAAUAUGGAACCGAUCUACUACCGCGCCAAUAGCAAUCCGCUAGAGGUGACCGAGGAACUGAUUCCAACGACAAACGCUCUACCAUUGGUCGCGUCCGGUGGUGACUCAGAUCAUCAGACAUCGACCGGUGCAAGUAGUGGCAACAACAAUCCAGCGACCCAGGCGACUCCAACGGUGGCUCCUGGAACUACUACCAGCCCAGUUUCGACAUCCACGACGACCCCAGCUCCAUCAACGCUGGCUCAGGAUCACAUUAGCAGCCCUCUAUUCAGACGCCCGGAAAAUCUACUGAAGACCAAGAUCGGAACUUCGGGUUAUGUGGUGUCUACCAGUACGAAAAUCCUAACCAGCGCAGGUUUGCAUUCAUCAAAGGCAACUGCUGGAGAGGCCAAGGCUAACGAUCAGAUUGUUACAUAUGAUAACUUUGCUAGCCAUGCUGGAGUUGCCGAACCGAUGUCCGACGAAGAAUACCACAAGGAACUUAGCAAGGCAAACGAUAGAGUACGCAUAAGACUACAGCCGACGACUACAACUCCCAAGGAGGGUCUCUCCACUUGGGUUCUUCUCAGUGAAAGUAACUCACCAACAUCCACCGAAUCGAAAAAGGAAAUUGUCACAACUACUAGGCCAACAACCACUACUACCACCCCGACAAGACGAAUGGUCACGACCACUGCACGGAAGCCAUCGACUACCGCUCGACGACGAACAACAACGAGUACACGGGCGACAACCGUUUCCGAAGAGAAAAAGGAGAAAGUUAACAAAUUCAUGACCAGGAUCAAGGUAACUGAUGGUCCGAAACCAAAAUUAGAAGACAGUUCUGUCAAGCCAGAAAUCAUCAUCAAGAAAACAAAGAAACCUUUCACACCAACGAGUGCGAAGACUACUACUAAGACCACGACUACAGCAGCCCCGACUACCACAACUACUGAACUGACGGUGACUGAGUCUCCUCUUGGACCCACAACUGCUUACGACCAGAACUCAGAUGACAAUGCCGUUGAAACGUCCACUUUCCUCAUCCUGGAACCUAAGGAUGCUCAAUUCGAUUUACCCGAAGAUCGCUCACCAGCCAAAGUUGCAAAGAAAAAAGUCACUCGUAAGCCAAGCACUCCUGCUCCAGUUACCAAGAAGAAGCCAGCCACCAAGAAGAAGAAGCCUGAGGAGAAAGAAGCACUUCGGCCAAGUGAGAAGAAACCACCAGUAAAGAGCAAGCCAAUCUCAACACAAAUCAUGAACUACCUUUCUCGUGAAGUCGUGCCCACCGUCGGAGUAGGCCUAGUAGGCUUGGUAAUUACAGCAGGCUUGGCAUCUUACUUCCUAGGUACUCCUUUGACGGCUGCACUGAGACGGUCUGACGAAACCAACCGUAAAGAUGACAUGUACUAUUCCAACUACGAAGACUACGCUACCUCAGAUGGACAAAAUGAAGAGGAAGUUUUCGGAAAACUGAUUGCCGGAAUGCCCGAACGCUCUUACUAUCGUAACACUCUGCGACGUCGAGUAAGUCAGCCGGCUCGAACUGGCCACCAAUACGGCAACUAUCACGUACAAAGUUAUUCGGUCAACAAAUAUCCUCACAUCAGCUAUCGCAACCAACCACGUCCAGCAUACCCUGGAACUCCAGAAAUGUACACCAACUACAAUCGUCAAGUGCAGGCCAAGUCCCAUAACGAAUUCUACUACAACACCCCACCGAGCUUCUAUACCAAAUCCAGCUCUCCAGUGUAUGUAGCUCCGGAAAGCACAACCCAUCCAACUACCACUACAUCUACCACCUACGCUCCGUUAACCAGUUCGUCGCCUGCUUCCGACGAAAUGUCCGAUUCCGAACAAGAUCACGAGUUACUGCCAAAUCCAGCAGCCUACACUGCCGAGCAUAGUCCGGAACACCAUGCUCAGUAUGUUGUCGGAAGCGUUUAUCACCAGGACAACAGCAUGAUUGACAUUAUUACCUCGGCUCCUGUCCCGGAACAUGGACCACGUCGGAAACGUGACAUCACCAGCGCAGAAAACGAACUCGAUAACGAGAUCGACAACGAAAUCUCAGGAAGCGGUGACAAAAAGUCGGAUGCCACGACAACCAGUACAAGCGCACCGACAACCGUAACGACGGCAGCAGUAGGCAUUGACACGUUCGACCCAACGACCGAGGGUGAGAAGGGCGAGCCGGGCUCUGUCCCAGCUAAUGAACGCCCUAUCAGCUGGCCUGAGCUAAUCCGCAACACCGUUGAGAUGAAACUAGUUGUCGGAAUCAACCUGCUGCAGGACGUGACUAGCAUGUUUCAGAGAUAUCUGAGCGGUGUCCAGCAUCGUGUUGAGGAGCACUUCAAUCACACGGCAAGCGUGGUGCAACAGUGAUGAACCCUUUUUGGAACCCAACAGCUCAUUUUUUAAGACUUUAAUGUUAUUUAAGACUCACCCAGUACACUCCUCGUUAUUGAGAGAGAGCAUGAUUCUUUGUCAAAAUGCGUUCAACUUGCGGGUACGAGCUUGAGGAUUGAAAUCUCGUUUGUCAGCGUACACUGACUCAUCGUCGGAAAUGGAAUUGAGAAACUUGUCCUUGUUUAUAAUCGUAACUGACUUCAUUCAUUCGACUGAACGAUCGCACCAAAAUCUAACCAAAAACGCAAUGAGAAUUUUCUCCUGAUCUCGUACCAAGUCCGACUCGAAUCGAAGUAGGCGUCAGCGAGUUGAAGUAUGGCUAGCCUCUGGCGGAGCCUGCUGCGUUGCUCUGAUCGGAAGCGCAAAAUGGCAGCGGCUAGGGGCUUUCCUUUAGAGAUGGACAAUCACUUUUGCACCAAUUUUAAUCAAUUCCCAGUUAUCAACCACCGUUCCCAGUGACAGAAGGAAAAGGAAAAGAAAGAACUCAACAGAAAUAAAGUAAAACAAUGUGAAGCAAAACGAUGGCGUUGUGAAUUUUAUUUAUUUAUGUUUAUUACGACAUCGUUGUACAUAACUUUUAAGAAUUACGGUAUUUUUUAUUCUAACUUAUAAGCGAUGCUACAUGGAAUUGUGUUUUCUUUUUUGUCUGUGGAAAUAAAUUAUUUAUUUAAAUAAA